UUGUGUAAUGUAAUAUUAUAGACUACUGUUAAAUUCUUUUAGCUCUUAUAGCCGUCAUUUUAUCUGUGUCACGUGACAUUUCUAUGUUAAUAUAUAGACGAUUUCUUGAACUUAUUUAUUUAGUUAUCUUUGAGAGCAAUAAUAUAGCUUUUUUUUUUAUCAUUGUCCCAGACGUGAAAGAAUAUCGAUACUUUUAUAAAGAAGUUUAUUUUACUGAAAGUCUCGUACUGAAUCACCACUGCAGGUUCUGUCAAGCACAUUUAAUAAAGUUUAACAUUCUUUUCACAUCCCAAGUAUGAAAAGCUUUUUAAGAAUUGGAUUAAUGCUUUUUCUAAGUGCUGAAUAUUACUUCUGUGCUUCUGAAAAAUAUGAGAACACGACAAGUAGAGUAAUUGAACGCAGGAUGAUUGGAGGAAGGUUGGCAGAAAAAGGAGAAUUUCCAUUUUUGGUAGCAAUAUAUAGAGAUAGGAAAUUUAGCGGUGCUUUUUCUUUAAUCACAACAAGGACGUUAAUAGGAGCAGCGCACAUUGUACAGGAAUACACAGUCAAAGAUUGUUACGGAAGAAUAGGAAACGUCAACAAACACGCGGGGAAGAAAGUGCUGUUUCGGAGAAUGAUUAUACACAAACGUUAUAAUUCAGAAACAUUUCACAAUGAUAUUGCACUUCUGAUUCUCGCACGCAGUAUUAACAAUAUAUCUCCGAUUGCUUUAGUUGGAAAAAACGUAAAAUUUACUAAAGGUUCCGCCACGUUUGUUGGUUGGGGAAGAAUUGGUUUAAGUAAGUCUGUUAUUUUUCUAUACAAAGUCAAAGAUAUUUACGGAAGAAUAGGAGACGUUAACAAAAACGCGGGGAAGAAAGUGCUGUUUCGGAGAAGGAUUAUACACGGACGUUAUAAUCCAAAAGAGUAUAAUAAUAAUGAUAUUGCACUUCUGAUUCUCGCACACAGAAUUAACGAUAUAUCUCCGAUUGCUUUAGUUCGAAAAGAUUUAACAUUUACUGAAGGUCACGCCACGUUGGUCGGUUGGGGAAAUAUUGGUUUCAAAAAAGAUGAUAAAACAGACCUUCUUCAAGUAGCUGAAGUAAACUUAGUAGAUCCAAAAUACGUGGCUCGUAAAUUCGACUACGAAUUAACUUACAAAGAAAUUACAACAGUGUCAUCUAGAGUAAUAGGCAUGAAAGGAGAUUCUGGCUCACCACUGAUCAAGAGAGAUGCGUUAAACAGACCAGUGCUUAUUGGCAUUUUGUCUAACGGCGGAAAUAAUACUGGAAAACCAGAUGUUUACAUGUCGACCAGUGUUCACUAUUCUUUUAUAAGAACUUUCAGAGUCGGACGUCCCACAUACUUAGACGUAAAAAAUUAA